AUGCUCGUCUGCGUUGGUCAUUUAUGGUCCCUUGGAUUAAAAUAUGUCUUAAAGGCUACGGAAGAACGGAAUUAUCCUUUCUUCCUUUCCCCAGUUCAAGAAACCCCUGAACCACGAGGUUUGGUCGGCGAACAUGCUGUUGAUUCAUUCCUGGCUGGGGGUUAUCUCCAUCGCCCCGUUAUGAGCCGUGUUCAAGAAGCCGCUCAUAUAAAAGUCUACAGCAAUACCAAAAGGUUCCUUUUGUUUUCGCAAUCCACAAUCCCCGUUGCCACGAUGAUUCUCCAUUGCAAUCUACGUCUUGCAGGGUUGACUGAUAAAUCGAAUACAUCAAGAUUGAUUUUCGACGAGGGAUAUGCGGGAAUCAAGGAUCAAGCAUCAUUAAGAGACAUUCAAGAACAUGACCCUUGA